CUGGAGGCAGAGUGUCGCUACUCCUCUUCCCCACGCCAACGGAGAAGCAGAACACAAGGAGCCCGAGUCCGAGGGUGUGUGGAUGAUUUUUUUUCUCACAUAUAAAAACUGAUUUUUUUUCCGGAAUCGAAACUGACGCUUAAGGGAUUUCGGAGGAAAGUAAGAAGACGGGUUUAAAAGAAGAAGAAGAAGAAGAAGAAGAACUCAGACAGGGUGCCCCUGCGCAGUACAGCAUCCUCCCUCUGCAUCUGUUUCUCAUCUCUCCUCCUUUGCCUCUGCGCUUUUUACAAGAUUCCCGAUUCUCCCACACUGCAUAUCCCCAGUGACUGAUCACUUAUUGCAAGCCGAGAGGUGCCCUUUUUCUUUCUUUUGUCGGAGUUUGAACCACAUUUCUGAGCUGCUGGGAGUAUACCACCAGAGCCCCUGAAAGCUGGCUGGACUGUAGUUUUCGUCUUCCCGAUACAGGCGGAUCAUCGAGGGGACCUUGCGCGGAGUCAAAAGGACUGGAAAUUAUUUAGCCCUCUCACAUCGACGUGCCGCAUGGUGGGAAUUUCUGCCUCUUUUCAGUAUCGCACUGGGAAGCGCUCCAUCAUGCCCGACUCACCUGCGGACGUCAAGACACAGUCCAGGUUGACCCCCCCUACCAUGCCACCCCCACCCAGUACACAAGGAGCACCCCGUAACAGCUCCUACACACCAACUACAUUAACCAACGGCAGUAGCCACUCCCCAACGGCGCUCAACGGCGCUCCAUCUCCUCCAAAUGGUUACAGCAAUGGUCCUAGCUCAUCCUCCUCAUCGUCUCUGGCCAACCAACAGCUGCCUCCAGCCUGUGGUGCCCGACAGCUCAGCAAGCUCAAGCGCUUCCUCACUACUCUACAGCAGUUUGGGAACGACAUCUCACCUGAAAUUGGCGAAAGAGUCCGCACGUUGGUGCUGGGAUUAGUGAAUUCCACUCUGACCAUCGAAGAAUUUCACUCCAAGCUGCAAGAAGCCACCAACUUCCCUCUGCGACCUUUUGUCAUACCCUUUCUGAAGGCCAACCUGCCGCUCCUUCAGAGGGAGCUGCUGCACUGUGCCAGGCUGGCCAAGCAGAACCCGGCUCAGUACCUGGCCCAGCAUGAGCAGCUACUCCUGGACACCAGCACCACCUCCCCAGUAGACUCCUCAGAGCUCUUGCUGGAUGUGAAUGAGAAUGGCAAAAGGAGGACACCAGACAGAACCAAAGAGAACGGCUUUGAACGAGACAGCGCUCUGCAUCCGGACGUUCACCCCAGCAAACGGCCCUGCACUAUAAGUCCUGCCCAGCGUUUCAGCCCAUCCAAUGGACUCUCCUACCAACCCAAUGGUCUGCCUCACCCAGGCCCACUCCCUCCACAGCACUACAGGCUAGACGACAUGGCCAUUGCCCAUCACUACCGCGACACCUACAGACACCCAGCGUCUAAUCACCGAGAGAUCCGGGAGAGAGCAAGGCCCAUUGGUAUGCAUGCAGGUACCAGGCAGGAGGAAGUGAUUGACCACAGGCUGACAGACAGAGAAUGGGCUGAGGAGUGGAAGCACCUUGACCAUGUAAGAAAACUGCUCAACUGCAUCAUGGACAUGGUGGAAAAAACAAGGCGCUCACUGACGGUACUGCGGCGGUGCCAGGAGGCUGACCGUGAGGAGCUCAACUACUGGAUCCGACGAUACAGCGAUGCCGAGGAGCAGAAGAAAGGCGCUGUUAGCGGGCAGUCAAGGCAGCAGAGCCCUGCAGCACAAGAAAACACAACUUCAGAAAUUCACCGGGAGCUCCUGCACCGGCCUGUCUCUGGCUACGUCCCUGAAGAGAUCUGGAAAAAAGCUGGUACGGGAGGCUUGACUUCCUCUGUCUCCACACUCUUUCCAGAAGAGGCUGUGAAUGAGGUGAAGCGGCAGGCCAUGUCAGAGCUGCAGAAAGCCGUGUCAGAGGCCGAGCGCAAGGCUCACGAAAUGAUCAGCAGCGAGCGGGCCAAGAUGGAGCGAACAGUGGCCGAAGCCAAGCGCCAGGCAGCCGAAGAGGCGCUCUCCAUAAUCAACCAGCAGGAGGAUUCCAGCGAGAGCUGCUGGAACUGCGGACGCAAGGCCAGUGAGACAUGCAGCGGCUGCAACACGGCACGCUACUGCGGCUCCUUCUGCCAGCAUAAAGACUGGGAGAAGCAUCACCAUGUGUGCGGUCAGACCCUGCAGGCUCAGCAGCAGCAGCAGGCCAGCCAGCAGCAGGGAGGGGUUCCGGGUUCAGAGACCCCCGCUCCCAUCAGCUCCUCCGCUUGCACCCCAAGCAGCGGGACCGGGAGUCCGGCUGCUACCCCCCCUGCUGCCACCCCUCGCUCAUCCACCCCUAGCACCCCGUCCUCCUCUGCCCUUGAUGGCACACCACGCUAAGAAACUCACACAGAGGUAGGAGGCAAAGGCUUCCCAGGUGUAACAGCCAGCCCACAACCCGACAACUACCGUGGCUGUCUACAUUGCCCUGCAAAGAUGCUUAGAUACUAGAAUGAGACGGCAAUACUUCUAUCUUGCAGCGUAGUCAUAGAAGGAGGAAGUCCAUAAUCAGGUCAUAUUGACUUGCCAUGACUUUAAAGAAACACAAAGAUAUUCUUUGUUUUGAAUGAAUGAAUUUAAAAGUUGACAUUCUUUUACUGUUACACUUGCUAUUCUUGUUGACUGUUUGUCCUUGUACCUGUUGUUGUUAAAGUUGUCGUCAUUGUAGCUUAUCUUAUUUUCCCCUGUAAAUAUGAAGAGACUGAUCAGAGAUAGCCGUGAACUCAAGACAAGUAUAUCUGACCUGCCCUUUUCAAACGUUUUUAUUUUUCAUCCUGGAGUCAGUGGUUAUUUCCUUCCUGUACACGAGACUAGUCAACCUCAGACAUUUAUCAAACAGCAUAUCACGGGGAAUGUAACUGUCUCAGAGAAAACUUUGGGAUAAGAGAGAUAUUAGAUUUAAAAAUCCUGAAAGACACACAAAAGGAUGAAUAAGCAUGUUCGCUGCCUGGAGAGGGGAGAGGGGAUGGACUGAAUCUCCGGCCCACAGACCGCCACGAAACGGGCAGAUGUGCAGCAGAUUGCCAGCUGUUCAACUGAUGUUAUUUCCCUCUCACUUGUAAUAAUAUCCAGGUCAGUGGUCUGGGAAAUACAAAUCCAUUUCUCUGAUGUAAAAGGAAGAAUUCUUGGAUAAGAUACAAAAACCUUGCACACUUGGAGGACGGACCAAAUACAACUCGAUCGCUCGGUGGGUCACAGACGCUCUCAAACAGGAAGUGAAGUCAUCAACCCACUGGCAAGACUGUCAAAUGACCUCGACAGCAGGCUCGGGAAACAUAGACUCGCCCCAGACAACCUCCCCUCCUAUCUCGACUCUGACAACAUUUUUCAUCUUUCUUCACAUUCUUACUCGUUUUCUGUAGAUGUCAUGGUGUUUAAGACUUCUGUCCUGUGGUGUCACCAAUGGUUAUUUAUUGUAUAUGUGUUGGACAAUUGUGACAAUGCAUAGUACUUCAACCAGUCACAACUCUAAGUCCUUCAUAACUCUUUCUCUCUAGCUGGUGCAAAAAGAGAUAAAAAAAAAAAAAAGAAGUGUUAUCUUUUCUUUUUUUUCUUCCCCAAGCUGCUUCUUUUCUAUUCUGUGUAUAAGUGGUAGAUUCCUUGUAGUUCUAUAAGUUUUCCUUCCCUACGUCCUCAAGAAAAGACACAAGCUAUAUCUCAGAGCUGCUACUUGAGUCCGACCCAGAUCUUUUCUGAGAACUAGCAUGUUGCGCGGAAUGCUAACCUAAAUGUUUUGUAAAAGGGACAUACAUAAAUGUAUUUGCACUGUCACAGAGGUUAUCUCGGCAUGCUUCUUUUCAGCAUACUUGUGUUGUCGGUAUAGAGCCAUAACUCAUCAAGUCAUUUUGUAUGUAGUAUUAGCAUCUUCUAUUCUCACUUUCUCUGGAUGGGAGGAGAUGGAAAAACGUAAACCACCAAACCCACUCCGUUUUUCUUUUUCUCUUUUUUUCAGUUUUGUUUUUUUUUACUCUGCGUGCUAAGAAGAGCAGCCAUUACGUCUUUUUUUUCGUUGUUGUUGUUUAAAUAGUUACAACAGUGCAUGCACAUUACUGAACGUUUGUUAAAUAUUUGUUAUUUUUUAGAAAAAACUGAAAAAACAACCAAAAAAAU